AUGGCCCAGAAGGGGGGGCGGCGGCGGCGGCGGCGGCGGCGAGCGGAGGAUCCGGCCCUGGAGCCGCUGUGCUGCUGCGAGUACAUCGGCCGGGACGGGGCAAGGAGCCACGUGGCCGCCUGCAUCUGCGACUGCCAGGAGCUGGACGACGGCUGCGACAGGUGGAUUUCGGGCAAACCCUUGGCUCCUGGGGCGUUUGAGAGAAUUCUGGACACCAUCUCUGACCGCUGUCGCAUCCCCUGGCUUAGAGGGGCCCGAAAGGUGGACAUCAGCAUCCUCCCUCCCCUCGUCCUUCUGCCCGCCCUCCUCCACGUGGCAGCAUGGCACCUGCUGCUGGGGGUCGUGAUUCUGGCCUCGCUGCCCGCGCUGACUCUGUGGUACUACUACCUCACUCACAGGAGGGGAGACCAGACCCUCUUCUUCCUCAGCCUAGGCCUCUUCUCUUUGGGCUACAUGUACUAUACAUUCCUCCGCGAAGUGGCCCCCAGGGGCCGUGUGGGGCCGGCCCAGCUGGCCACGCUCACCUGUGGGCUGGGCCUGACCCUGUUGGCCCUCCGCCGGGCCAAGGAGGAUCCCGGUUACCUCAGGCGGCCGGGGGACGGGGCUGCAGGGCCGGAGUCCCCCAACGGCCGGCUGGUGCUGGCCAGGCUGGAGUCACGAGAGGACUGGUGCACCCAGUGCCGACUGGUCAGGCCGGCCCGGGCCGGGCACUGUCGCCUGUGUCAGCUGUGUGUGCGGAGGAUGGACCAUCACUGUGUCUGGAUCAACAACUGCGUGGGAGAAUCCAAUCACCGGGCCUUCCUCCUCGCCCUCUCGCUCUUCCUGCUCACCUCCGGCUAUGGGAUAGCCCUGACUCUGGGCACCAUCUGUCCUGAGAGGAGCAUCUUCACGGCUCUGUUCUACUGCCCUGGUGUCUACGCAACCUCCAGCGUUCAGUGCAGCACCAUGCUCCCCGCAGGCGCUCGGGGGCUUCCGUUGAUUGACGGACUGAUUCCCUGUGUCUCCGUCAGCUCGGCCCUAUCCUUCACAUGCUCGUGGUACUGUGCGAUCAUCACGGCAGGCAUGGGCUACAUCUUCCUGAUCCAGCUGAUCAACAUCAGCUGCAACGUGACCGAGAGGGAAGCUGGGCGGGCCCUGCGAGGCCAAACCGGCCGCCGGCUGCUCUGCGGGCUUGGCGUGGACCCCGGCCAGUACAACAGGGGAUUCCUGAGCAACUGGCGCCACUUCUGCACUCUGGGUGCCCCCCCACGUCCCCUGCCCUCCGAGGACGUGGUCUGAAGGGAGCACCAUUUCUUCCCCCUGCUUUGGGGCCUCGCUUUGGGCCCAGGAGCUGGAGGGAAGGUUGAGGCAGAGAUACGACUCUGGGCCUGGCGGCGGGGAAAGCGGGGCGGAUCCUGGGCCAGGUGCCCCCCCUCCCCACUACAAAGGACCAGGACCAGACGAAGUCACCGUCCUUCAGCAGAUGAGAUGCCUGCGGAGCCUCGGCUCCCGGAUCCAAAACAGGAGUCUGGGCUUGACUGUGUCAGGGUCGAAAGCGGUAGCCAGUGGAUGUACUGGGCCUGUUGUGGGCCUGCCUCACUACACUGGGGGAAUUUUCUUCUCUCUACGCCCUGGGUGUGAACCUGCUGAGCAGCAGGGUCAGGGACUAGCUGGACUAGUCUGUGACCUCAAACUCCCGGCCCCUGGGAGGCGGAUGGGAUGGGGGUAGGAGCCUCUGGGGACAAUCAGAAGAUCCCUGGCCAGGUAAAUAUUGUUCUGGUCAGUUAGCGGGAAUGUGUUAAUUGGCCUUUCGGGAGUAGCUAUAAGUCAGGAUGUGUGCACAGGGAAUAUUGUUGUUGUUUUUACUUAAUAGUACUGUUACGCGUGUACUGUGUGCCAGGCACUGUACUAAG